AUGAACAAUCAAAGGAAUGGUAGUUCUGUUUCUCAAGCUGAGCACCAAAGAAGGCGCCAAAUGGAAGCUAAAUUAUUCAUACAGGCUCUCUACCAGAAUGUAUUGUUUUUAUACGAAAUUGCAUCUUCUUACUACAUUGCCACUUUUUUCCAAAGUCAGUGGGCGCUCUUUUUUACGACUACAUUUGCAUGGGAAGUGUGUCAUGCUUUUGAUGGGUUUAUGGUGAUUCUUUACAACUUUCACUUCUCUUUUAUUGGUUCACUUAUACGAAAUAGUGGUGCAGUGUUAAAGAAACGACAACGACCCACGACUAUAGCUUCAACAACGGUGUGGACUAUCUGA